AUGCAGUACCUGUAUGACGAGAACGGGAAGAGAUACCUCGAUUGCUUUGGGGGCAUCGUGACAGUGUCGUGUGGCCAUUGCCAUCCGGAUAUUGUGAAUGCGGUGGUGGAGCAGACCAAGUUGCUCCAGCACACAACCACCAUUUACUUGCAUCAUGCCAUUGUAGAGUUUGCAGAGGCCCUCACCUCCAAAAUGCCUGGCAAUCUCAAGUGGGAAUCUCAGUAUGGUUGCACUCAGAAAUGCAUAUCAUGGUGGAAGUGCCGCACGAUUGGAUUGACUGGUUUGCAGACAUGGAAAUACCCAAUUCCUCAGGGUGAAAUACAUCAUGUCAUGAACCCUGAUCCUUAUCGGGGGACUUUCGGGUCUGAUGCUGCAGCUUAUGCUAAGGAAGUUGAAGAACACAUAACUUAUGGAAGUUCAGGAAGGGUUGCAGGCUUCAUUGCAGAAACAUUCCAGGGUGUGGGAGGUGCUGUUGAACUAGCUCCUGGAUACCUAAAGUUAGCUUAUGACAUUGUGCGCAAGGCUGGUGGCGUUUGUAUUGCUGAUGAAGUCCAGAGUGGUUUUGGUCGUACUGGCAGUCAUUACUGGGGAUUCCAGACACAAGGUGUCAUUCCUGACAUAGUCACCAUGGCAAAGGGAAUUGGCAAUGGCCUACCAUUGGGGGCAGUUGUAACAACUCCUGAGAUUGCAAGUGUGUUAGCUCAAAAAAUCCAAUUUAACACAUUUGGUGGAAAUCCAGUAUGUUCUGCUGGUGGAUUAGCUGUGCUUAAGGUACUUGACAAGGAGAAACGCCAGACACAUUGUGCUGAUGUUGGGGCUCACUUGGUGGAGCGUCUAAAAUCGCUUCAGGAGAAGCACGAAAUCAUAGGUGAUGUUAGAGGAAGGGGACUGAUGCUUGGGGUGGAACUCGUUACGGACAGAAAGGAGAAGACCCCUGCCAAGGCAGAAACCACUGAACUGUUUGAGAAGCUCAAAGAUCUCGGGGUACUAGUUGGAAAGGGGGGUCUGCAUGGUAACGUCUUCAGAAUAAAACCACCAAUGUGCUUUUCGAAGGACGAUGCAGACUUCUUGGUGGACUCCAUGGACUACGCAAUGUCAGGGCUCUGA